AUGCCUACCGAUGCUCUUGAGGAAGAACUCUCCCGUGCCUUCAGCGAGAUGUUGAGUACACGGACAGAUCCUCCUGAAACAGGGGAAGAAAAUCCUUUGAGUACCGCGCACAGCGAUCCUCCUGCUCACUUUUCACCAGGUCUGGAUGUUCCUGUGAAGGAUUCCAGCGAUGCUCCUGCCAGUGCGCAAGCACCCGGUCUACGCCAGACUCUCGAGCCACUGUGCAAAGUGCUCGAGCCGGAUGCAGGGGCCGAGGAAAUCACCCAGUGGAAGGACUCGCUACUGGAGGAGCACGAGCGGUUCCGAAUGACUUCUUUGGGCUCCUCUUCUCAGGAUAAGCUGCCAAUGGCCAUACUUCCCGAAUACGCCCGCAGCGUUGCACGCGCAGAACGAGAUACAGAAGAGGCGAUGUACGAUGCGAAGGAGUUUUCCACGUCGAGUCUAAAGGGAGUAGCGGACUUCGUCACACGCGCGAUGCGGCUACUCGAUGCAGUCAAGGAGCACUCUGAAGCCGCACCAACACCGCACACCCUGGGGUCUUCAACAGCAUCUUCCUCCACCGCGCCGCCUCCCGACCUCACACAACACUUGUCAUCCGCGUUGAACCGCACGGAAACCCUUACAUCCACGUUCUCCCAGGCGUUCGGAGGUGACUGGGUCUCUCGGGAGAUGAAGCGGGCACUUCAGGGGAACCUGCUGUAUCUCGGCUCGAUGGCGAUGAGCCUCUCUCAUCGCUUACAGUUCACGCCCGAGUCAUCCCCCGACUACCGCGACAUGCAGUCCUCGUUCGGCGCCACGCUCCUCAGCGUCUACGAGCUGACGCACGAAGAUCGCCAUCUGGACGCGGCGGUUGAAGCGGUAUCGCUCGCGUUGAGCGCAGACGCGGAGGGCAUCUCGGCUACCACCAUGGUGAGGGCGCGCAACUGGGCAUACUCGCAGCGUCUCCUGGCUCGGAGGGACCAAAAGUUUGAGCUGCUCACGGAAGCCGUAAACGUCUGCCAGCGAACUUUACAAACGUCUCGUUCGCUCUACCCGGAUGCCUCCGAUAAUCUCCAUGCUCUCUCCUUGGAAUUGGCGGAGUGUCUCUUGGACCGGUACCGCGCUCUUGGAGAGGUACAGGAUCUGCAGGAGGUCAUCAGCCUUCUUCCCACUUCUGGACCCGAUGGUGACAUGCAGGACGUGCAGACCCUGUGCGUUCUCAGCGAGGUACACCUCGAACUCUUCCUCCGGACAUGGAAUCUCGAUGAUAUCGACAAGGCACUCUUCUACUCGGCCCACCUAUCGGACGCCGACGAACCCUUGAUCGGCCCCCUCCAGAGCACAGGGACUCCCCCACACCCCGACGCGGCGCGUAGCCUGCACAUCCUCGCGCUCAUCCGCGCGCAGCGCUUCAAGGUCGUGAUGGACAUCGACGACCUCGACGUUGCCGUUACACACGCUCGCAAGGCCGUGCAGAAGUGCCCGGAGGACCACCCGAUGUACGUCAUCUAUCUCACCGACCUCGCACUCGUCAUGUACCAGCGAUUCGAAGCCGAGGAGGAUAUUAAGGAUCUCGACGAAUGUGUCAACCGUCUCGGCAUCGCCACCCACCUCCUCAUCACGGGCACGUAUGUUCACUAUCCUGCGCAGGCCGCUUAUGGGCUUGCACUCGCGACCCGCGGGGAACACGCUGACGAUAUCGGCCAAGUCGAUGAAGGCAUACGACAGCUGCAGUUUGCUCGUAGGGCUUUCUGUGGCGGCGCACACCUCGAAGCCCAGAUUGAGCGCGACUUGGCCACUGCGCUCUUCUACCGAUUCCAGUUGUCACAUCGCUCGGAGGAUCUGGACGACGCUAUCCACUACGCGUCAUCCGCGCUCUCAAGGGCACCGGCGGAUGACCAGCGUCGCGCUGCUCUUGGCCUCGAGCUAGGCCAGAACCUCGCCUUGCGUGCCUCCAAUGGUGGUACCUCUCGAGAUGCGGAUGCAGCCGUACAGACUCUCCGCACAGUCGCUGAAAGCCGCGGUCGUGCCUCCAUCCGUCUCACCGCUGCCAUGGAGUGGGCGCAG